AUCCGUGCAACACGAUUCUUGCUCACUCUACUUCCCCUUACAAGAGAUGUAGGCUCUCAUGGGAAAUGGGCUCUAUGGGAAAAAUUCCCACGAUUUGUCAUCACUGGAAUCGGCGUCUCGUCGGUGCUCGAAAUUAAAUGCAGCACGUUUGUCGAAUAAACAAGAGUGAAAAAUAUAAAAAUAGUAAAAAUUUACUUGAUUAAGUGCAAUUAUCAUGUAGAUAGAUAGAUUUAAACAUUUAUAUUUUCUAUAAAAGUGUUGUUCGACAGAAUAAAUUUAAAAAAUGCCAAUUUUAGCCUUAAAUGUAAAAACUGUGAAAUUAAUCACUACUACGCAAGUAAUAACUUCUGUUUACUCUGCAGUUAAAGAAUUAAUAGAGAAUGCACUUGAUGCUAAUGCGGACAACAUCGAAAUUAAUCUUAUAGAUAAUGGUACAUCUUUGAUAGAAGUAAAGGAUAAUGGUUGUGGCAUAUCUAAAGAUGAUGCACUAUUUAUGGGUUUAUCUUCAUAUACAUCUAAAAUAUCAAAUUUUGAAGACUUAGAUGUGUUAUAUACAUUUGGAUUCCGAGGAGAAGCACUUAAUGCACUGUGUGCAGUGGCAGAAGUUACUAUUAUAACAAAAACAAUGGAAGAUAUUGCUGGGACUUCAUAUACAAUGGACCAUGAUGGACAAAUUAUAAAAUAUGAACCUUGUCAUAGAAGUACUGGUACUACAGUACAAGCAAAAAAUUUAUUUAAGCAAUUACCUGUGAGGAGACAGAUGAUUAUCAAUACAAGAAGAGCUAAUCAAAAUAUUAAAUUAUUAGAAACAUUGAUACAAAGUUUUAGUAUAUGCAAACCAAAUAUACGAAUUCAAUUCAGAAUUGAUAACAAUGUUAUAUUUGCAAAACCAAGUUUAAAUAAUAUCAAAGAAGCUGCAUGUCAUGUACUAGGUAGAAAAAUUACAUCUAACAUGGAAUGGAUUGAACCUAAAAAUAUAGGAUUUGUUUUGCAAUUAAUGUUACCUUCAAAACAAGUGAAGGAUUUAUCAGAAAUUACCCAUUCUGGAUUACAGUAUAUUUUUGUUAACAAUAGGUCUAUUAAACAUAAAGAGCUUGAAAAGGUAGUAAUUAAUACAAUAUUAGAAUAUUUUGAACAAGAGUCAUGCAGAAAGAAGGUGGUAUUUCUUGUGUAUAUUGUAUUAGAACCAAUUAACAUUGAUGUCAACUUAGAACCAAAUAAAGAUACAAUUCUUUUCAAAGAUCAGAAUAAAGUCCUUGAUACCAUAGAUAAAUGCAUAAGAACAUUCUAUGGGCUUAAAUUUUUGAGAAUCGCUGAGCAAAAUGUAUCUGAUGAUGCAUCUAGCUGUUACGAAGAUUGCAUACUUAAUACAAAUGAGGGUAUUAUUGAAAAUGAAUGGUCUGCUUGUAAGAAACGAAAAAUACAUGCCCAAGAGAAUAUGCAGGAAGAUAUAAUUAAAGAAAAAAUUAUACCUAAACACCAUAAUGCUGUUAUAAAUGAAUGCGAAGAAGCUCUGCAGAACAAACAACAAGGGGUUAAUCAGACUUAUAAUCAGCAACAUUAUAAAGAUGCAUUAAUUCUAGCAACUCAUAUACAAGCACCGAAUUUAAGUGAUUCUGAUUCAAAUGAUAUUUUUCCCAUUCCAUCUUCAUCUAAUAAUAGCAUAUCAGUACAAGAAGAACGUGAAACUUUGAGUCAAUUACCUAUAGUAGAUCUUGGUGAAGAUUUUGACUUUGUAGAUGAGAAUAUAGAAACUAAAAAUUUAAGUAUUCUUACAAAUGAAAAUCAGAAUAACUGGAACAAGUUACAGAAGAAGAAACAAAUUUCACUAGAAACAUGGAGCAAAGGACAUAUACCUGGUCUUAAGAGUGGUAUAGAUGUAAACUCUGCUUUUGCUGUUGGAAACCAAUUAAGUGAAAAUUUCGCUAAGGAAAAUAAUGAAAUAUUAGAAUCAAAUAAAACCCAUGUUGACCAUAAAGAACUUAAAUUUUUAAAACAUGUUAGAUCGCAAGUUGUGAAAGAAAAUCCUACAUUGACAGCACCCCAAACAGCAAAAAAAAUUACUGAAUUCUGGAAGCAAUUGUCGUCCGAAGAACGUGGUUAUUAUCGAGAUAUUGCAGAGGAAGAAGACGAAUAUAAGGAAUGUAAAAAGAUUGAGAAAAAAACUGAAGCAAAUAAAAUAGAUUCGGAAAGAAAUAAAAAUAGGCUUUUAAAAUUAUUUGAGAAAAUAAACAAUAAAAAGAAUGAGAAGAAAGAGAAUUUAAAAAUAAGAACGAUAGUACCUUGGAUUAUUGAUAGAGAUAGAAUAACAAUAAGAUCAAAUUUUGAAAACAAUCAUAUAAUAGGUCGAUUAACAUCCAAUUUAUGGAUAGCUACAAUUUGCGAACAGAUAUGGAUUAUAGAUAUUACAAGUCUAAUAAAGGGUUUGAAAAUUACUAACAUCGAUAUAAAUAAGGUUGAUGCCAAAAAAAUUGAAGAACUUCUCAAACAAUGGUUGUUGAAACGAGAUGAUAUGUCAGUGAUGCGUUCAAUAUACGAAUUUACCAAAAAUAUAUAAAUCUAACACAA